AUGGAGUCACAAUUUCUUAUGAACUUGAAACAACCGUCGUAUCUAUACGAAAAAAUCAUUUUCACAAGAUAUGCAAGAAACAGAACCCUUCAAACACCAACGCAUCUUAGAGCGCAAUAUUCUUAUUCAUUUUUUGUUUAUGGCAUUCAAAUAUGGAACAGCAUAAAAGCUGAUAUUAGAAUGGCGAACUCGUUUGGUGAAUUCAAGAUGAAGUGUCUGGCGUAUUUUAGCAAUUAA